AAGUUAUAUGGCUAUAUGUCAUGCAUUUGAAAUUCUUGCAAAACUUUCAUGUAUAAGACUGUAAUGUUAUAAUGCUAGUUGUUCCUGGUUAUGAUUUACAGUACUAUAUGAGGACGGGGAUGUGCAAGUUUGGUGCUUCAUGCAAAUAUCACCAUCCAAGACAGGGAGAGGAAUCACCAAGCCUGGUGAUACAUAACAUUUAUGGUUACCCGCUGCGACCCUCUAAUGAAAAGGAAUGUGCACACUAUAUGAAAACAGGGCACUGUAAAUUUGGUAUCACCUGUAAAUUUAACCAUCCACAGCCAGCUGGUGUGCAAGUUCCAGCAUUAGCAGCUGGACCUUUUCCUUUGCCAGCGGCUGUUCCACCGCCAGCCACUUAUCCAGAACUGCAACCUCUUCCUCCUGUUGAUUCAGCUGAACAAUAUGGAAUGGUUACUGGCCAGUUAUAGGGCCUGCUCUGCUUCCAGGUUUCUAUAUUCCUGACACAUAUGGUCCUAUGCUUUUUCCCCCUAGAGUGGUUCCCGUGUCGGAUUGGACUCCUUAUCUGGAUAUUA